AUGGAAAGAGUACAAGUCUAUGACUUUCACGCACAUGGUUAUAAAUGAAGUAGUUAGGGUUAUAAAUGUUGCCCCUGGGAUUUUUCGCAAAGUUCUCAAGGAUGUUGAAAUAAAAGGGUAUACAAUUCCUGCUGGUUGGAAGAUAAUGGUUUGUCCAGCAUUAAUUCAUUUGGAUCCUAAUCGAUACGACAACCCCUAUGAAUUUAACCCAUGGCGAUGGGAGGGCCAAGAAUUGCAUACGGGAUCAAAAAAUUUCAUGGCAUUUGGUGGAGGUGUGAGGCUUUGUGUUGGUGCUGACUUUGCAAAGUUGCAGAUGUCAAUUUUUCUGCAUUACAUGGCCACAAAAUAUACCUGGAGAGUUAUCGAUGAAGGAGACAAAAUCCGGAUACCUAUUGGUGUUCGUUUCCGCAAGGGAUUGCGUAUUGAGAUUUCGGAGAACGAAUAGAUUGUCAGCAGGGCAGUUCUCCAGUGAAUUUACCUUUCAGAAGCGUAUUUGUGAUGUAAUAAUAUACUGUGUUUUGCAAAAUUAAUUAGUUUGCUUACUACUUUGGGCUGUAUUACAUUGUAAUGUUGUAAGUGCCUAAUAAACAACAUUCUAGCUGGUUUCUUUCUUGAAACUAUAGAGAGUGUUGUCCUUUCUCUUUUUUAGU